AUGCCCGCUCCAACAGACGUCAGCCAGCUUCGCGCUUUUCUCGGACUCAUCAACUUCUACGGCAAUUUCGUCAAGGAUCUGCACGAUCUUCGCGCUCCGCUAGACGCCCUUACGAAGAAGGAUGCUGUCUACAAGUGGACACCGGAAAAUGUAAUGGAAAAUCCCAACAGAUUUCUGCUUUCCACACAAGAUUUCACAAACUGA